AUGGUCGGCGGCGGCGCACAGUCGGCCAGCGCCGCGGAGGUCGAGGACAUCGAGCUCGGCGAGCGGCGGCGCGCGGACGAGUACGCGGACGACGACGAGGAGGGCAGCCAGUACUUCACGGACGCGGAGGACCGGUCGUGGCCCUCGCACUCGCGCCACGAGUCCGCCGCCUUCGAGGACUGCAUCUCGCGGUGCGCCUCCACCCGCGCCAGCUCCUGCGGCGGCGCCGACAGCGACGCGGACGUCGAGGCCGGCGGCGGGCACUUCAGGAAGUCGUCGUGCGUGUCCGAGUGCUCGCUGGACGACGUCGACCUGGAGGCCGGGCUCGGCGGCGAGAGCGCCAAGAGCAGCAGCCCCGACCCCGAGAAGGCCGAGAAGAACUGCCGCAUUUGCCACCUCGGCCUGGAGAGCGCGGCGGCCGAGUCCGGCGCCGGCAUCACGCUCGGCUGCUCCUGCAAGGGCGACCUCUCCUACUCCCACAAGCAGUGCGCCGAGACCUGGUUCAAGAUCAGAGGCAACAAGACCUGUGAGAUCUGCAGCUCAACCGCAUGCAAUGUGGUUGUGUUAGGCGAUCCGGAGUUCGUCGAGCAAUCAAACGAAUCGAACACCACAGCAGCCGGGCAUGCAUUUCCAAACGAAAGCAGGAGGUUUUGGCAAGGGCACCGGUUCCUCAACUUCCUUCUGGCAUGCAUGGUCUUCGCCUUCGUCAUCUCAUGGCUCUUCCACUUCAACGUCCCAGGGUGA